GCCCCCCAGCGCACCCUCAGCUAUGGUCUCCAGUAAGGGCAACGUUACUGACGAGCACGAGGAGACAGCACCUACCAGAGAUGUAAACGACGUCGAGAAGCAAGAGAGAACGCCACACAUUGUAUGGGAGGAUGUCGAUCACCAUGCGAGGGGCCGUUCAGAUGGUAGAGGCAUCCGCCGCCCAUCGCGCAGUAGAAGCCAAGGUUCCAUCUCGAGCGUUCGAAGUCGUGCCCAUUCCGUCUCUGGCAUCCCUAUCGAGUUCCGCACGCUUUCCAUCCAAGUGGCCGAGAGCAAGGCCAAAGCAAAAGAGCCGCCAUUGAAACACGACGACGAUACCAAGAACGAGAAUACCAAUUACUUUGAGCAACUCGACUACCACAUACUGAGUGCGAAGAGCGUCUGCGACCGUUUCAACGUCUUCCAGGAGCAGGGCCUCAGUAAAGAGGCAGCUGCUACACGCCUUGAACGCGAUGGCAAAAACGCCAUCCCCAGUCCACCCGAGCACAUGUGGCGCAAGAUCUUUUGGUAUGUUUUUGGAGGCUUCUGCUCCGUUCUCUGGAUCGGAGUCAUCAUCUUCUUCAUAUGCUGGAGGCCUUUGGGAGACCCCAACCCGCAAGCGUACAACCUUGGCCUGGCCAUCUUAGUACUCAUUGUCAUCCUCCUCCAGGCCUGCUUCUCGGCUUUCCAAGAUUGGUCGACCAAGCGGACGAUGCAGUCAAUCCUCGACCUACUUCCCUCUGAUGCCAUGGUCAUGCGUGAAGGCUCCUUUGUCAAAGUCCCUUCUACCGAUCUAGUUGCCGGCGACAUUGUUCGUAUCUCCAUUGGCGACAAAGUGCCUGCCGACAUGCGUUUGUUGACGUCUUCGGGCGAUGUACGGUUCGAUCGUUCAAUGAUAACUGGAGAAGCUGAGGAGAUAGACGGCGCGCUCGAUUCUACCGACGAGAACUUCCUCGAGUCGCGCAACAUUGCCUUCAUGGGGACCAUGGUGGUCAACGGCAGCGCUGUUGGUAUCGUUGUGUUGACGGGAAAGAAUUCCGUUAUGGGCCGUAUCGCGCAGGCAACGUCUGGCGUCGAGGACGAGCCUACCCUUAUCCAACGCGAGAUUAGCCGAUUCGUCUACAUUAUCGUGUGUUUGACGAUAUUCCUUGCUCUCUUACUACUGUUCGUCUGGCUCGGGUGGUUACGCAAAGACCACAAAGGCUUCCUCUCCGUCGUUGCCAUGCUCAACAAUGUCAUGGGCUGUGUCGUUGCAUUCAUUCCUGAGGGUAUGCCCGUUGGCGUGGCACUGACGCUCAUGAUGGUAGCGCGACGCAUGAAGAGUGCCAACGUUUUGCCCAAAGGACUGUCUACCGUGGAGACACUCGGCUGUGUCAAUGUCAUAUGCUCCGACAAGACAGGAACUCUUACAGAAAACAAAAUGACUGUUACUUCAAUUGGAUUCGUCGACGAGCUCAAGUCUGCCGAGGAUCUUGCGCCGAAGCUCGCUUCUGAAAACUGUCCAGGGGCUUUGCAGGAGCUUCAUAAGGCUGCCAUUUUGUGCAACGACGCCAUGUUCGAUCCCACAACGAUUCAACUUCCUGUAAAUGAAAGAGCCAUCCAAGGCAAUGCGACCGACGGAGCCGUGUUACGCUUUGCUGAAGGCGCGAAGCCGGGGCGUUCUGUCCACGACGCCUUCCCUCGCGUCUUUGCGAUCCCGUUCAACUCAAAAAACAAAUGGAUGCUCUCGCUACACGAAGAAGGGCCGAAGUCCGAAUCGGAAAAGCUAGAGUUUCUGGUACUUGUGAAAGGCGCGCCCGAUGUGCUACUCCCAAAAUGCUCUUCCUGGUUGUCAUUCCACACGAACACUGUCCAACCAUUGGAUGCCGAGGCGCGACGCCUUCUAUCCCAAGCACAAGAGAAACUUUCGCGCAAUGCAGAACGCGUUAUCAUGCUUUGCCAGCGACGAUAUAAGCCCGUUGCAUCCUUGCGCUCCAACGCUUUUUCGGACGAGCUUACCGAGCACGCUCUAACUGACCUCACCAUUAUUGGCAUUUUGGGCAUUCUCGACCCCCCGCGUCCUGAAUCAGCCGAAACUGUUGCAACAUGUCGCCGAGCUGGUAUCAGAUUCUUCAUGGUUACAGGUGACUUUGGUCUCACGGGUGCCGCAAUCGCCCGGCGGAUUGGCAUCUUCUCUAGUGAUAGAGAACCAGAUACAAUAGCGAACAUUGUUGGCCGCGAUGACACCAAAGAAGUGGCCAGUACAGAAGCCAUGUCCACUAGCUCAGGAAGCCGAUCUCUGCUUCUCGAAGGCACGCAACUUGGCGACUUGAGCGACGCUGAUUGGGACGCGGUUUGCCAAUACGAGGAAAUUGUGUUUGGUCGCACAACACCUGAACAGAAACUACGUAUUGUCAACGAGCUCAAGAGCCGUCAAAACGUAGUUGCUGUAACUGGUGACGGUGUUAACGACGCCCCCGCUCUUCGUGCCAGCGACGUCGGUAUCGCCAUUGUGUCCGGUUCUGAUGUCGCCCUCGAAGCCUCCGACCUGGUCCUCAUGGAUAAGUUCUCUUCCAUCAUCGAUGGUAUUCGCCUUGGAAGACUCGUAUUCCAGAAUCUUCAAAAGGUUAUUGGAUACCUUUUGCCUGCAGGCUCCUGGUCCGAAAUAUGGCCCGUUCUCCUGAAUGUCUUCUUUGGCGUGCCCCUUCCAUUGAGCUCUUUCCUCAUGAUCAUCAUCUGCGUUUUCACGGAUCUCUUCUGCUCGCUCUCUCUUAUUAUGGAACGUGAGGAGUUUGAUCUUCUCUCACUUCCCCCACGAGACACCAAGCGCGAUCAUCUCAUCAACGUCAAGAUCUACAUUCAGUCGUAUCUCUUCAUUGGAGUCAUGCAGACUGUCUGCGCCCAUUCCAUGUUUUUCCUUUACAUGUGGCGUCAUGCAAAGAUACCCGCUUCCGCCCUCUUCUUUGCCUACGAAAAGUAUACAGACGGUUUCUACGGGUACACCAUGGACGAACUCAACCACUUCAACACGGUCGGGCAAUGCGUCUACUUCGUCACUCUCGUCAUUUUGCAAUGGGGCAAUAUCCUAUCUAUCCGCAACAAGCGCCUCAGCAUCCUACAGGCCGAUCCCUUCCGCAAAGACCGGCGCAAUCCCUGGCUCGCGGCUGGUAUUCUUGUCAGUCUGUGCAUUGCCAUCUUUGUAACAGAAGUCAAAGGCAUACAGAAUCUAUUCGGUACUGCCGCAGUACCGAUAGAGUUCUGGCUCAUUCCAAUCCCAUUAGCACUUGGUAUUCUAGUCAUGGAUGAGAUGAGGAAGUUGGCUGUCAGAAUGUGGCCAAAUGGGCCUAUUGCGCGCAUCGCGUGGUAA